CCAAUGCAAUGUAAUGGACACAUGUCUUUAAAAGCAAGAAGUGAAAGAUAGAGAAAGUUUCAACUUCAAGCAUUACACAUUACCAAAAAGAGAGAUCACAAACAAAGCAUCUUUUCUAUUUUCAUUUAUCAACAACAACAAAACCAAAAACUUAAUUAGUGUUUCUCUGCUUUUUUAGUUCCCCCACAAAAUCGAAUCCUUCUGUUCGGUUACCAAAUGGGUUCCAACUGAUUUGUCCGUUAUUAUUCUUUUUAUUUUCUUCGUGUUUUUUUUGUGUUGAAAAAAUGAUGAAGAGAGAGACGUUAAUAGAAGCAGGAAUAAUCGGAGGAUUGGCCGGAGCUCAGGUGAUUUACGCCGGAAACUCGGAGCUACUGAGUCAGUUGCUGUCUCUCGGAAUUGACCCACUUCUUAUCGUUAUCUUAUGCACCUUUGCAUCAGUUCUUCUCAUCACCCCUCUCGCUUUUCUCCUUGAAAGGAAGCUUUGGCCUAGAAGUCUAAGUUUCAAGUUGAAGAUAAAACUAGUUUUGGUUGCUCUUGCUGGAGAAGGAGAAGAAUUAAAAAUUCAUAACAAGGGAUUAAUUAAGAGAGAAGUUGUGUUUGAAACAGAGUGACUCUGUUCCAGGGGUUAUUCUUGGAAGGAAUGAAACACACCUCUGCUUCAAUGGCUACAGCUAUGCCUAAUCUCUGCCCUGCUUUCAUUUUUGUCAUUGCUUGGGCUGCUGGGAUGGAGAAAGUGAAGCUAAGUUGUAUGUAUAGUAGAGUUAAGAUGGGAGGGACAGUGUUGUGUGUGAUGGGAGCUCUCAUUAUGAGCUUAAUGCACAGUACUACCGCUACUUUAAGCUCGGUUAAGACUAUACCUAUUGUCCCUGACGAAGUCGUUGUGGACAAGGACAAGAUCUUAGGUUGCCUCUAUCUCCUCCUUGCCAUUUGCGGCUUGUCCUCUAGUAUUGUCCUUCAGGCAUCCAUACUAGCCGAGUUUCCGGCGCCUAUAUCAAUGUUCUCGAUGGUAUCUUUGAUGGGUGGGAUCACCACAGUAGCUUUGCAGUAUGCUCUUAAGGGAAGUAUGGAAAUGGGAAGUGCAUCAGUAAUCGGUCUCGGCCACCUUGUGGGAUACGCAAUACUGGGAGGGUUGGUGAGUGGAGGAGGGUUAAGCUUCAAUGCAUGGGUGAUUAAGAGGAAAGGACCAGUGAUUGUGUCUCUCUUUAGUCCAAUUGCAACUGUGGUAUGUGUUGUUGUCUCUGCUUUUACCAUGGAAGAGAGUUUCAACCUAGGAAGCUUUGCGGGAAUGGCGUUGAUGUUCGGAGGACUCUACUUCGUUCUGUGGGCUAAAGGAAAAGAGGAUUGUGAAGAAAUAGAUGAAAUGAAACAAGAUGAUGAAGAAAGUUUGCUUAGAACAGAGUUUGAUCUUCAGAAGCCUCUCUUGCUUUAGUUCAAAGUCUUUUUUUUUUCUUCUUCUUAAUGUUCUUGUGAAUUUAGUUUAGGUUUAAAGAAGUAAGACAAUUUUACUUUACAGAUAAUUCGGUUAGAUAUACAUGUAGUAGGCUGUAGACUACAGUAUAUGUUCGUGUGUGAUACUAAAAUAGUUGGAUAUAAAAAAAACAUCACAUACAUACAGGGCGAAGAAAAAGGGCCUAAACGAUGUUAUGUAAAAAGUUGUUCAAUGUGAAGGUAUAUUUAUAUAUAAAUAAAAAUUACCGUUGAGUUAGAAGAUGAAGAUAAACCUACCUAAUAUGAGAAUGCGAAUGGAACUAAGCAAAUACACGCCAAAGA